CUUAACCCACUGGGGCUCCGCAGGAGCGCAGAGGCUGCGCGAGAGUCUUGCGGGGGGACAUCCAGACGUGCCUCGGAUACAGAAACGGGAAGCCAUUUGGGGUCUUUGAAAGGCAAACUUUUUUCUUGGGAAGGAAAAAAAAGCAGAAUAACUUGCAAGGAUCCGUCAUGCAGCCCCAGAAAUGGUCCCGUGAAGGAAAAGGCAUCCGGAGACCCACCAGAGUCCUGGGAGCCAUCUGGAGUUGCUCUGCAGGACAAGAGUAGGAUGGAGACACAAACUUUUGCCAAGGAGGGAAGCAGAAAAGUCCCUUCAGUAUUGUUCAGCCUGGGAAGGGAGGGGAGCUCUGGACAAGGACUAGGCAGAAGAUCUGGAGGAGGAAACCAUCCUCCCUUCAGAAGUUCAGCUGCGGAAUUUCAUCCAAUACUGGGAGGCUGAGGGUCCCCGAGGAUUUUGCACGCGACUCUAUGACGUUUGCAGGCGAUGGCUGAGACCAGAAAACACACCAAAGCCCAGAUGCUGGACCUGGUGGUUCUGGAGCAUCUCCUGGAUCUUCUGCCUCCAGAGAUGGAGAGCUGGGUUCGGGAGUGUGGAGCAGAGAGCAGCUCCCAGGCGGUGGCCCUGGCAGAAGGCUUCCUCCUGAGCCAGGCGGAGGAGCAGAAGGAACAGGUCCAGUUGCAGUGCUGCGCUUUGGAGAUCAGAGAUCCUGAGGGAGAGAAGAACCCAUCAAAUCCGCCUCAGGAGCUAUUUUCAGGACGAUCCCUUGGGAAGAUCAAAGUCAGGACACCUCAGGAGAGAAACAAAGAAUGAAGCUUUCUAGUUUUUAUGACGGAGAACAACAGCGGCUGAACCUCCAAAACAAGAAAGUCUGGGUCCUUCGAGGAGGUGGCUGUGUAUUUCUCUGAGGAGGAAUGGUCUCAGCUGGAUCCUGACCAGAAAGCGCUGCAUUCG